UAACAAAACCCAGAAAAGAAAAAUUAAGAAACCUGUAAUUGGUCAUAUAUUUCAGGAACUUUGUUUUACUGAACGUUUAAAUCUUGGUUUGUAUUAGUCCUUUUCUUACUCCUCCUGUUAAACAAGUGACUUACGUACUGCCUCAAGAUGGGAAGGAAAGGACAAUCUAUGGCUAUAGGGAAUCUUUUAGGCAACCUAAGUGAUUGAUUCCCAGAGCUUUUAUAAUAUUUUCAGUUUUGUUGACCACAGCCCAGCAUACGCUUGUAGAAAUGUCCCGAAGCCUCUGACAUAUGAUCUUGGCACUUAAGACCUUUUCUUUGUCAUAUACUGGUUGGCUUUGAGGUUUGAAUGCUUCCCAGUUGGUCUUACUGCCGUUUUGAUAGCAUAGCUGGUGUUAAUUGGUGUCCAGACGGAGUUGCUUGCCGACUACUCAACUUGGGUUGAGAGUGAUCCAUCCGGCAAUCAUCAUCUGCCCGAAAGAGUAUGAUUCUUGCUGUUAUGGUGUGAUUGGAGAUAGCUUGCAGGCAGUCAUUGGAGUUUUGAAUUCGUUUAGGGGUGAGACAGUUUUGAAGUGAAAGGAAGAUGGAAGGAAGGGGGCUUUCAGACUUCUAUAGGAAUACUAGUGAAGAGUUGAUCCUGAGAUCUUAUAUGGAGAGCUCAAAUGGAACUCCUCUACCAACCAUGGAGAUGCUUGGCUUCAAGAAUUUGUCACAAAAUUUUCGUGCAGAUAGCGAGGAGCUCUUCAAAAGCUGGCUCACAACUGGAGAGAACAAUACCUACAAUUCCUCAAGCAUUGCACAUCGAACUCGGUCAAGGAGGAUAUCCACCGAAAUAGCUAGUUUGUCUGCUCACCAACAUGUUGGUCUACUUCAAAAGAAAAGAAGCAAUGAAGUUUUAUUUCCUCAAUAUAACCCCAUGCCUGAUGAGAACUCAGCUGACCUCAAUCAACAUUCAAACAGACUUGGUGUUGAAAGAGGAAUGCAAGCUAGUGACUUAUAUUUGGCUAAGGCCUGGUUUCACAGUUCCCAACCCAUGACAAGAAGCCGGUCCUCUGAAUUGCGGAAGAGAUAUGUUGCCUUGCAAAAUUCUCAACCAGCAAUAGGUCUGGAUGGCCUUCAAAAUGCUUCAGGGAAUUAUAACAAUGUAGUAAAAGAAGAAUUUGCAUUUUCAAAUGGCUUUAAUGUUCCCUCAAUAUGUGAGGUUUCUAACCAGUUGGGGACCUUCAUUUCUCCAUCCAAUUCAUCCUCAUCCACUUUCGACGCUCCUCAAAUGGGUGACAUGGAUAAAGUAUCAUCUGUUGUGAGCAUGCUAAAGGGUACAUUAGAGCGCAAAAAGCUUAGCAACCAGAUUGAAAAAGGUGCAGAGGAUGAUAGCUCCACUAGGCUUUUCCCUGGUCAAGAAGUUAUAGUCAACACUGGUUUUGAUCAAGGGCAAGGUAAUCAGCUUCAAGAUAUGGUGAGAACUUUUCAGGAAGUAUCCACUAUAGAAGUUAAGGAUCAUGCGGGUAUGCAAAAAGCUGAAGGAUCCCUGGAUCUUGAGAUGGAAGGUUUUGUAAAUCUCACAAACCCUAACCCAUUGAGCAGGAAUUCUCAAGAACCUUCACAAAGUGAAUCAUCUGCUGCAGCACCAGUAGUUUCAUCUGGGUUUGAUGCAUGUGAUGGUCCCAGCAACUCAAGUCAAACUCUGAGCAUAUGUGAAAGUUCACUGAAACGAGCUGGAAAUAGGAGUUCAGAAAAUGGCUCUAGAUCGAAAGAUAUCAGAGAACGUAUUAUUGGUAAUUUGAAAGAUGAUCAAAAGAGGGGAGAACGUUUAGAGCGAUAUGGAUCUGUGACAUCAGCCACUUCAGGAGAUAAGGAGGAUGCCACAAAAAAGCGGAGGGUGGAGAGAUCACGCAAAAUGGCAGAGGCAAAGGAAAGGAACUCAACUCCAGUAAUUCCAUCAGAUAUACAAUCUGUCUUAAAGCGGUGUGAAAAUCUUGAAAAGGAAGUCCGGUCCCUCAAACUUAACUUGUCCUUCAUGAAUAGGAAGGAUUCCGAGCAGACAAAGCAGAUAGAGGAGCUUCAGCAGCAAAACGAAGAAUUAACAGAUGAAAAAGAGCGCCUUUUAGAAGAGAUUGAAAGGAUCCUUGCAGAAAAUGGCAAGAUUUGAAACAUGGUAACCAUGGUUAACCUUUUGUAAUAAAUACAAUCAUGAAUAUAUCAACUCUACAGUGAUGUAAUGCG